GUUGCCGGCCGUCUCACCUGUAGAGAAAAACGGAAGUGAGCGUUCCAGUGUUGCUGGAGGACUGAGGACUUAAGAGCUAGUGCAUUUGGAACAUUCAAUUACAGACGCGGACCGGAUAAAUUAAUACAGCAAUGUUAGGUUAAUGAGGACAUCCGGAAAUUAAAGAAUGGCUGGAUGAUAGGAUUCUCACAAGAUUGAUCGGUUCAUCCGACACAGACCUUGGGACUUUACUGUUGGUGGCAACAUCUUAGCAUUUUAUCAGACUCUUUCCUGCAGUAGAACGUCUCGGAACGCCUUUCCAAGGAAUCCCUGACCUGCACAGAUGGGGGAGCUAUCGCGGGUUACUCUGUUUCUCGGCGAUUGAUUGCAUCUUCAGAGCAUUGAACUUGGAUUCUGACCUGAUCGGCUCGGUGUAUAUGACGUAAACCGGGAAUUUGCGCGAAUCUGCAUCAUUUACACCUUCAGAGGUUCCAACACGGCAACAGGCUAUAGAGGAAAGGGCACAAUGCCAUACCUUCAUCUGUUCGAUGAGUGGUGUUUCUAACUAGAUUCUCAAGUUAUCGUUGUUUGUAAACGGUACAUCCUCUACCUAUAUCAGUGAAUGAGUCUAACCUUCUCCAUGGAACAUUCUUAGGAAUCGGAUAAUGGAUUCGAAAUGGAGAAAAUGUGAUGUUGUUGCUGGUGCGAAUUUUUCGUUGAUACUACCUGGACAAACUGAUGAAAUUGCAUGAAACAUUCAGGUUUUUGCGAUGAACAUCGAAUGCGGACAUUGAGGUGUCAUCAUUUCUAAAGGUAUACACAGACUUGAAUGCUUUUUGACUAAUAUCAUCCUGUUCUGCCUAGAAGGAAAGGAAUUCUUUUCUGCCAUCAUCAUCAUCCUUUUUAAAAAUGUGUAUUACGUUCGAUAGAAAACCUCGGGAUAUAAAAUACAUCGUCGAUGGAGAGGUUAAGGUUGGGCGGGCUGAUCACCAUGACUACGUCCUACCCAGGUCCAUCGUCUGCCUCCUGUCCGUCAUUGGGACCUUCUUGUUCGUGGCGGGAGGUAUCAUUCUCAUGGUGGGAACCUUUACUAAACCAAGGGUUCUUCUUCCCUGGGGCGGAGUGAUCUGUGGGAUCGGGUUCCUGCUCUGCUUCAUUGCGAUCCUCCUGUGUAUGCACGCCCACUGCAUCAUCCCAGUCGACGGCUACAAGAUACCCUCACAGCCCGCCAAGAAGAACGUCGUCAUCGUGAAGCGAGUCGAGUCGCGAGAGGAUGACCGUUUCGCCAACAAGCGAGUCUUCGCCAGCGGUGGAUCUGCGGGGGAGACAGGCACACUGUCCUCGACUCACGGUCGCAGCGGCGGGGAGACUGGGACGAUCUCCUCAACUCACGGUCGCAGCGGUUACAUCAGCAGCGGCCAUUCGGAAUCAACAGCAACCCAUCAGGCGCAGUCUCAAAGCGGGGCGUAUCAGUCUGGAAGUGGAUAUGCAACGAUUGGUUCGCCUACGGGAGGUCGGGCUGUCGUCGACAGUGGCGGUGGAAGAGCGUAUGGGACUAUGGAAUCCAGUGUCUCUCGGCAGGGUGGGACACAAAUAGUGGUUCAGCCAUCAGCUAAUUAUGACAGUACUGCGCAUUCUGAAUCACACAGCUCCACUGCUAGAUCCGUCACUGUCGUCGACGGUAACGUCUCCGUCCUCAAUGGUGGUCAGGGGGUGGUCGUCAGCAGAACUGACGAAUCGGUCGUUCCACCAACAAGUGCCAAACAAGCUGUGUACGUGCAGGUGCAACCGCAGUCACCACUAUCUGGCCAGCAAGCUCAAAAGAUGCAGUCCCAUGCUCAAAAGGUCGGAUAUGCUCAGAUUCAGGCUCAGGGACCAGCUCAUUCGCCUGGUCCGCAGCAGGAGGUCAUUGUAGUCUCCAAUGUCCAACAGCAGCAUUCAGCUCCUGUUGGGCAACUCGGAGGCCAAGUCCAGUCGCAAGGUCAUGGCUUUUCCGGCGGCCAACAGCAAUACUCGUAUUCUACCAAUGUGCACCAGGAAUCAGUGUCCGGGGGACAACAGCAACAACAUCAACUGUCGUCUGCUUCGGCUGCUCCGGCUGCUGGUUUCGCGGCCUCAACAGGAGGACACCAUUACGCUACUAUGGCAGGGCAGCCUGAUCAAGCAGGAAAGCAGGCUGUCUACUACACUCAGACAACUAAAACCACAACUGUAACUGAUGGGGGACACCACGAUGAAAGCAGUGCGUCGUCUGCGGGCUUGCUUGUACCAUCUCACUUCCAUGGCGAGGCUACUCCAGACAUGAGAUACAUGAGGAGGGACUUGUCCAGUAUGUCCAAUACAUCCAACAUGUCGGGUUUCUCGCGACCCGAUUCGUUCGGAGUUGAACGUGAUGAUGACUUCCAGUACUACCCCAUUGGUAGUGAUGGUAGUCAACAAGAACAGAGUAGCCAAUCACAGCAGAGUUACCAAUACCAGUAUUCAGUCGAAAAGCCCCAAGUUCAAACACAAACGCAGGCGACAACUGUCACCUACAACCAAAGUCAUUCUGGCGGUCAGUACAAGGGUGAUCGAAAAGGAAGUAUUUAUGAGAACACUCUGAUGCAGUGAAAGCCUUCACGAGAACAUACCAUACAUGGUGUGAGACACCCUCCUCUUAUACAGUGAUGGGAAAGCGUUCACCCUUCUGCAAUAAGACAGUCUCAAAUGUCAUAUAAUGACUGGCGAUUUCAUGUAAAAACCAUCAGGCCUGGGACCACCGCACAAAGACGCCAAGUAUACCAACGUCUGCGAUGGUCCACGAAAAUGUUUAAGAGGUGGCUGCCUCGAUCAAUUUGAAGAAAUGCAUUCUAAAUGCAGUGAAAGUCUUUCUCAGAACACUUUGUUCAAAUAAGGACUUCGUCGCAACCCGCUAUCUGUAGUGGUGACUGUCUAUAAAACAUUAAUCAUUAUGCUGGAUGGCGUCACCGUCGUCCAAGUACAUGUAAUUGAGUUAUUAUCUUAGACGUAUUUAUGAGCCAGGGACAUACUAACGUUACACUUAUAGUAAAUGUGAAAUUUUGGCACUGUUCUGAUUGCCAAUAUGCUAAUGUUGGAUACAAAAUUGAUAUUGCAUGCUCAAUAAAAGUUAGCUUGGCGUACAA